AUGGCGAUGUCUUUCGUUCGUCAAGCGUCUCUGGUUGCUCUUCUCGCAACUUCGACUUUUGCUCAAACUUUCACCGACUGCGACCCUACUAAAAAAACAUGCCCCGCCAACGCCGGCUUGACCACGAGCAACUACGAGGUUGACUUCACCAAGGGUGCCGACAAUGCUGCCUGGACGGUCGCCGCCGGAAACAUCUCCUACACCUCCAACGGUGCCGAGUUCACCCUAGCGAAGAAGGGCGAUGCCCCGACCAUCGAGACAUCGUGGUACUUCUUCUUUGGCCGCGCCGAGGUCAUCAUGAAGGCCGCUCCCGGCACCGGCGUGGUCAGCAGCGUCGUCGUCGAAUCCGACGAUCUGGACGAGGUUGAUUGGGAAUGGCUCGGCGGCAAGGACGCCGAGGUUCAGACUAACUACUUCGGAAAGGGCAACACCACAACCUUUGACCGCGGCGCGUUCCACACCGUUGCCGCCACCCAAGGCGAGUUCCACAACUACACCAUCGACUGGACCACUGAGGCCGUCACCUGGUACAUCGACAACAACCUGGUUCGCACCCUUAACUUCGCCGACGCCGUCGGCGGCAAGAACUUCCCCCAGACCCGGCUCGCCUGCGCCUCGGCAUCUGGGCCGGCGGCGACCCGGACAACGACCCCGGCACCAUCACCUGGGCUGGCGGGCCCCUACACCAUGACCGUGCAGAAGGUCGCCAUCACCAACUCGAACCCGGCCAAGUCCUACACCUACAGCGACAUGACGGGCAACUGGCAAAGCAUCAAGAUGGUAGCCGCCGACUCCACCGACGACGGCACCAACUCCGGCCAGAACGACACAUCCUCAGGUACCGCUUCUUCUACUACUUCUUCUUCCGAAGGCUCCUCUGCGACCGCGACGCUGUCCACUGGGUCUCCCUCAUCCUCGGACUCCCCGCUGAGUAAUUCCACAGCGACAGGUACUACGCUGCGCCCGACAGCGUCGACUUCAGCCACUCAGUCCGGUUCUGCCGCUAGCGCGACUGCCUCCACUGGCUCCAGCGCUGCUGCUGGCAAGCUGCUGAGUGGUGCCACUGUCGGCACAGGUCUGUUCGGAGUUGCUCUCUUCGCCAUGGCUGGUCUGUUUUAG